AUGUGUUACUAUGGCGGAUAUUAUGGAGGCCUGGGCUAUGGCUAUGGUGGCCUAGGCUAUGGCUAUGGCUGUGGCUAUGGCUGUGGCUAUGGCUGUGGCUAUGGCUGUGGCUAUGGUGGUUAUGGUUAUGGCUGCUGCCGCCCACUGUGCUAUAGAAGGUACUGGUCCUGUGGCUUCUACUGA